UUGGCGCUGCAUGGGCAGCAUACUUCGACAACAACAGUGGCAUAUUCCGAAAUGCACCAGACGCUCAGCGCCUCCCUGGCUCCGUGGUGCUGGCUGUUCCGCAUAGAUGGCCCGAAGGCGCGACUGCAGCGUUUGUGGUUGUUACUUCUCAGGAGCACCGGAUCCCUGGUGCUGGUGGCCGUCACCAACUUGAUGCUCCUGGCCGCAGUGGUGCAGUCAUCAACUCUGCGUGAAGCGACCAACGGCAUCCUGAUGCUGUCGGGCGUGUACUCGUGCUCGGCGACCCAAAUGUUCUAUCGCUUGCGGGGCGAGCGCGUGGCGAACGUCCUUCACGAUAUUCAGCAAGUCGCCGUCAUCGUGGAGGCGAAUGCUCUGCCCGAGGGACGGAAAGCCUUGGCCAACGCGGCUCGGACCAAUCGUCGGAUGGUCAUGGUGCAGUUACAAUUCUUCUUCGUCCUCACGGGGGUCGUCUGGGUCCAAGUCAUUGCCACUGGCGAGCCCAAGGCCCCUAUGUGGCCCGCGCUCGGCCCGGGCCGGUGGGGUGCGUGGUCUUCGGGCGUGCUGCAAAUGAUCGCCAUGCUGGUCGGCUGCGUCAGCUACUUCUCACUUAUUGCACUACUGGGCUGCGCAACGGCCUCCCUCGGCGGCCUGUACUUGGCCUUGGGAGGAAUGAUUGCCUCACCCAAUCAGCGAUCUCAGAAAAAUCCCUAA